CCACCCACUCUGCGAAUACUUGAAUGAUAGAGACCUAUUGCGAAAUCAAGUUCACAGGCCCAUGCUGUCAUCAGUUCGAAGAAAAUAAUUUUGGAUUAGUUUAUAUCGAUAACAAAUUAUUCAAUGCAAUUCUGAACAAUGCAAUGCAAUAACUGUCAUGCUGACAUUCUGGUGAAAGGGGAUAUGAAUCGCUCCAUCAGUGCGCCAGUACAGAGAAUGCAAAGAGACAAACAAAACAGAUAUGCCGGGGUUUAGCGCCAAAUGGACCGCUGUAGUUGUUUUGUUUGGAGUGGUUUCAACUGUUUUUCUUUUCUGUGAAUACCUCAUAUAUUUCCCAGCCAUAUUGAAGUGUUCUUGGCCGAAGAUAGACAAUGUUCGAGGAGGAGACGGACAGCCAGCGGCUUCAACUCUCCGCGCAAUGGUGCUUUCAGACACUCAUCUCCUUGGAGCUAUCGGAGGACACUGGUUUGAUAAAUUGCGAAGGGAAUGGCAAAUGGAGAGGUCUUUCCAGACUGCGCUGUGGUUGCUGAGACCAGAGGUCGUGUUCAUACUGGGGGAUAUUUUCGAUGAGGGAAAGUGGAGCUCACCUAAGGACUGGGAGGAUGACGUACGGCGAUUCCAGCGAAUGUUCAGGCACACUAGUGAAACAGAACUAAUAGUUCUGGUUGGAAACCAUGAUAUAGGCUUUCACUAUGAGAUGGACUGGUUUAAGUUACAACGCUUUGAGAAGGUUUUCAAUGCCACCUCUACCAGGAUCGUCACCCAGAAAGGAGUCAACUUCUUGUUGGUGAAUAGCGUGGCCUUGCAUGGCGAUGGGUGCCCCAUAUGCCAGGCUGUGGAGAAGGAACUGCUCCGUCUGUCUAAAGACCUCAACUGCUCUCUCCAGUAUACCCAAUCCACCAUAAUAAAGGAGUACUGCAGAGACUCACAGAGCUAUCCUCCUGCCCUGCCCAUCAUCAUGCAGCAUUACCCCCUGUACCGCGUGAGUGACGCCAGCUGCCGAGGCGUUGACGCUGCCCCUCCAGAAGAGCGCCAUCUGCUGUUCAGAGAGAAGUAUGACGUGUUGUCUAAGGAAGCCUCCCAGAGGUUGCUGCAGUGGUUCAAGCCCCGUCUGAUCUUGAGUGGUCACACUCACAGUGGAUGUGAGGUUCUCCAUGACAACAAGUACCCAGAGAUCAGUGUGCCCUCCUUCAGCUGGAGGAACCGCAACAACCCCAGCUUCAUUUUGGGGUCAUUCUCAGCAGGCAGCUAUGCUCUAUCUAAGUGUUUCCUGCCUGAGGAGAGCACGGUCAUUGUCCUCUACUGUUCAGCUGGUGCGGGGUUGCUGUUGCUUCUCCUGGCUCACUGUCUGUGGCUGAAAGGCCUACUUCAGUGCUUCAGCCUGUGUCUUCUGGGGAAGCACAAGUCCCUCUGACGAGAGGAGUAGGGUGAUGUCGCCCCCAGUCACUGGUCUCAGGUCAGGUUGGCAUUCCGGAUGUGACGAGGACAGGAUUACCUACAGACGGAUAUGCUGAUCUUUGACCAGUGCCUAUGGGCAACUUCACCCUCUGGAGGGCCAUGGAUGUUGUCCUCCUAGUGGACUUGUUUCGCUCCUUCGAUGGAGGGAUAUGUGUUGUUCCACUGCAACAAGAGCCAAGCAGAGUUUGUACAUAACUUGUUUUUAAGUGAAUAUGCGUUGAUCUAGACUGAGGACCGUCUACUUGACUGCCGUCUCUCCCUCGCGGACAUUCUCAGUGAUGUAUUUCUGGCCCAGCUUCUCACGUCCCUGAUUUCUACUUAUGCUGUUUCCUGACACAAGCACAAGUAUGGACAGUCACAUUCUUAACUUUAUAUUGCUGAUGAUUUUAUGUGCCAAAUUUGUAUUUCUGAUGAUUUUAUGUGCCAAAUUUGUGUCACCCCAAUCACCACUAUUGUACAAUAAAUUAUUUCUGAUGUACAGUACAAAAUAAAGCUAAAUGAGCCCAGAUUGGAUUAUUAUUAUAUGGCAGUAAGACACACAGGUCUACUGUGUGCAAAACUAUUCAUCUUCCAUCCUACCUAAUACAAAUGAGAUUUGAUUGGAAAAAUCAAAACCUUACGAAGACAAAUACAAACAAAGGUCAACACCGACAUGGAAAUAACGCAAAAUCCUCUAAUGUGCCUCUUUAUUUAAAGAAAAUAAAAAUGUCAUUUAAUCAUCCUCCUAGGCCAAACAAGGGUUCACACCUCCAGUCAGUUCACACUCUUUUCAGGAUAGACGUGUACUGUAGAAGAAAAGGCUGAUGCUGUUUGUACAAGGAGAAGAGCUUGUCUUGUUGGGCGCUGUUCACACAUUCAUAGUGCCUGUGCCAUUGUGUAUGGCUCCAAAAGACCAAAGAAUUCCUAAUAUUGCACGCUCUCAUUUAUUCAUCUCCAUUCUAAUCAUGCUUUCCUAUGUGUGUAUGUAUACAUAUUUACCGUACACAUACAUAGGUAUGUAUACACCUAGGCACACACAUAAUUAAACAUGUAUAAUUGUACAUAUAUAUUUAUAUAGACCUAUAAAUUUACAUGUACAUACAUUUAUAAAAGAUUACACACAACGUACACUCACUCGCAUACACACACAAUGUGUCUGUGAGUCUAUGUUUGUUUUAUGUACACAUGCGCACACAUUUACAGACUUCAGACAUACUUCAUAUCGAAAAAAGUUGGUUCCUAUUAAAACAACACCAGGUUGCAAUUUGGACACUUUCAAUGGAUUUCCAAUGUUCUUAAAGCUGUGAAAUUCAAAA